AUGGCGGUGCUCGACAGCGGAGGCUCGGCCAUCCGGGCUGGGAGCUCUGGAAAGCCCAUUUCGCUGAUUCUGGUGCGUGAGAACUGCUCAAUUCCUCUCGUAUCUCUUCUUGCUAACGGAGUCUCGCAGCUCACGGUCCAAAACUCGGCUUUCAUCCUCAUCAUGCACUACAGCCGCAUCAUGCCUCCCGUCGGCGACCAUCGAUACUUUCCCUCGACCGCCGUCUUCCUCCACGAAGUUAUCAAGCUGGCCGUUUCCCUGACGCUGUGCCUGUACGAGGCGUCCAAGACGCUGGCGCCCAGCACGCCUGCGACGGUGCUCUUUGAGCAGAUCUACAAUGCCAUGUUUUCGAUCGAUGGGUGGAAGCUGAUUAUACCCGGGGUGUUUUACACGCUGCAGAAUAUCCUGCAGUAUGUGGCUAUCGAGAACCUGGAUGCCGUGCAUUUCCAGGUCUUGUAUCAGCUAAAGAUCCUCACCACUGCGCUUUUCAGCGUCUACCUCCUAAGUCGGCCACUCGGCUUCAAGCGCUGGCUCGCUCUCAUUGUUCUCACUCUCGGCGUCUCAGUCGUCUCUCUUCCCGGCUCAUCCACUACCACCAAUGUGCCCAGCGCCGAUUCGCUUCUCCUCCACGGCAUGCCCGACCACUUCUUCCCUCGAUCUCGCCACGAGCUCGGCCACGCCAUUCCCGACGACGCGCCGGCGCAUCUCACGCGCCGUUCUGCCACCUAUGAAGGCAUUGACUACGAUCUUCACUCUCUCGAACCCCCCAUGAAUUACUCCGUCGGUGUGACUGCAGUGCUCAUCGCCGCGGCAGUCUCCGGUCUUACUGGAGUCUACUUUGAGAAGAUACUCAAGGAAAACUCCUCCCAGGCUAGUGUGUGGAUACGAAACCUGCAGCUGAGUUUUUACUCCAUGAUUGCUGCUCUUUUUGGUGGCGUCAUGUGGCAGGAUGGAGCUGGUAUCCGCGAGCAUGGCUUUUUUGAAGGCUACAACACUAUUGUGUGGGCGACAGUCAUUUUGCAGGCGGCAGGCGGCUUAUUGGCCAGCUUGGUGAUUAGGGAUGCGGAUAAUAUCGUCAAAAACUUUGCUACGAGCAUCAGCAUCAUAUUGAGCUUUCUCGUCAGUGUAUGGGUUUUUGAGUUUGAAGUCACUUUUACCUUUCUUCUAGGAACGAUGCUGGUGCUACUCGCAACAUACAUGUAUAGUAUAACGGAAGAAAGCCCCUCUCGCGCUCGACCACCGGCCAUUCGAGUAGCCACAUUCGAAAAGCCUGCUAUCGAAAGUCUUCUUACGCCUAUAGGCACCCCUCGCUUAGGGCCCUCAAAACAUCUUGGCGCCAUCGAUCCAUUUGAUGCCAAGGGCGUGGCUUCGACGUCUAGUCGUCCCAGCAGUCCGAUGUUUGCUCGCCCAGGAAGCCGUCUGGCUCCGCAGAAGGAGCUAUGA